GGCGGCGCUGCUGCUGUGCCUGGACGGGCGCCGCGCCGGCCCCGAGCCUCCUCCUGUGGUGCCUGGGCGGAUGGGCUCUGCUGGGCGGACGGAGCGCCGAGGCGGUGGCAGCGUCGUCCAUCCUGCAGCUGCCUCAGUGCCAGGAGACAGAGUACCACUUUGAAUACACGGAGUGCGAUAGCAGUGGGUCCAGAUGGAGAGUUGCAGUCCCAAACGUGGAAUGUUCUGGUUUACCUGAUCCUGUCAAAGGGAAGGAAUGCACUUUCUCAUGUGCUUCUGGGGAAUACCUAGAAAUGAAGAACCAGGUGUGCAGUAAAUGUGCCGAAGGAACCUACUCCUUGGGAAGUGGGAUCAAAUUUGAUGAGUGGGACGAGCUGCCUGCAGGAUUCACAAAUGUAGCCACUUACAUGGACACAGCCAUGGGCUCAGCUGAGAGCAAAGCAGACAGCUGCGGCAAAUCAUCGUGGACUCCUCGUGGGAAUUACAUUGAGUCAAACAGAGACGACUGCACCGUCUCCUUGAUCUACACAGUGCACCUGAAGAAGUCGGGUUCCGUCAUCUUUGAAUACCAGUAUAUUGACAACAACAUCUUCUUUGAGUUUUUUAUUCAGAAUGAUCAGUGCCAAGAGAUGGACUCCACAAGCGAUAAAUGGAUGAAGCUGACAGAUAAUGGCGAAUGGGGCUCCCAUUCUGUAACGUUGAAAUCUGGCACUAAUGUAUUAUAUUGGAGAACAACAGGAAUCCUUAUGAGUUCUCAGGUGGUGAAGCCUGUCCUCCUGAAAAACAUCACCAUUGAAGGAGUGGCCUAUACAUCUGAAUGCUUUCCCUGCAAACCUGGCACAUUCAGCAACACACCAGGCUCUUCCACUUGCCGGGUCUGUCCUAGGAAUACAUACUCGGAAAAGGGUGCCAAGGAAUGCACCGAGUGCCAGGAAGAAACACAUUAUGCAGAGGAAGGAUCAAGCCAAUGCAUUGAACGUCCUCCUUGCUCAAAGAAAGACUUUUUCCAAAUCCACACACCAUGUGACCGAGAUGGAAAAACUCAGCUCAUGUACAAAUGGGUGGAGCCUAAGAUCUGUAGGGAAGAUCUUUCCGAAGCAGUGAAGCUGCCUCCUUCUGGAGAGAGGAAGGAGUGCCCACCUUGCAACCCUGGAUUCUACAACAACCGCUCCUCUUUCUGCACUCCUUGCCCCCUGGGCAUGUUUUCUGACGGAACUCGGGAUUGCGAGGCCUGCCCUGCUGGUACAGAACCAGCUCUGGGCCUGGAAUACAAAUGGUGGAACGUGCUCCCUUUCAACAUGAGGACUUCUUGUUUCAAUGUUGGAAAUUCAAAAUGUGAUGGGAUGAAUGGCUGGGAAGUAGCUGGUGACCACAUCCGAAGUGGGGCAGGAGGGACGGAUAACGAUUAUCUCAUUGUGAAUCUUCAUGUACCAGGAUUUAAGCCUCCGACUUCCAUAGCAGGGGCGACGGGGUCAGAACUUGGACGGAUUGCGUUCGUGUUUGAAACUGUCUGUUCGGCAGAUUGUGUGCUGUAUUUCAUGGUGGACAUCAAUAAAAAGAACACAAAUGUAGUGGAAUCGUGGAGCGGAACUAAGGAGAAGCAGUCGUAUGCUCACAUCAUUUCCAAAAACGCUUCUUUUACAUUCACAUGGGCUUUCCAGAGAACAAAUCAAGGCCAAGAUACCAGGAAGCUCAUCAAUGAUGUGGCAAAGAUCUACUCGAUUACUGUGACCAAUGCAGUCGAUGGUGUUGCCUCAUCGUGCCGUGCCUGUGCCGUUGGUUCUGAACAGUCUGGCUCCUCCUGCAUUCCCUGCCCUGCUGGUCACUACAUAGACAAGGAAACCAACCAAUGCAAGGAGUGUCCUCCUCAAACCUACCUGUCAAUUCAUCAAAUGUACAGCCAAGAACCAUGUAUCCCUUGUGGGCCUGGCAGCCAAAGCACCAAGGACCAUUCCGCCUGUUUCAGUGACUGCUUGUUCUCAUAUGUCAAGAACAACCAGAGCCGGACUUACGACUUCAGCAACCUGAGCAAAGGAGGCUCAUUAAUGAACGGACCAAGCUUUACGGCAAAAGGAACAAAAUUCUUCCACUUCUUCAACAUCAGCCUGUGUGGAAACCAAGGAGAAAUGACAGCAAUUUGUGCAGACAAUAUCACAGAUAUCAAGCUAAAGGACAUGGUUGCUGACUCAGAAGAUUAUUCCGACAUUGUACGGGCCUUUGUCUGCCAGUCUACCAUCAUCCCACCUGACAGCAAGGGAUUCCGAACUGCUUUGGCACUUCACUCCAGCAGCCUUGCAGAUGUGUUUCUCGGAGCCACCAUUGAAACAACUCUGGGAAAUAUUAAUGUUAAGCCAGAAAUAUUUGAGCAUUCUGAAAAGACAAUACCUGAUGUGUAUUUCUAUUACAAGUCUUCAAGAGUUACAGCCACUUGUGAAAAUGGACGUGCUUCUGUCGUGAUACUGAGAUGUAACCCAACAAAAUCUGACCAAGGAGAAAUUUCAGUUCCCAGUUCUUGCCCUGCAGGUACCUGUGACGGGUGUACAUUCCACUUCUUGUGGGAAAGUGCAGAAGCCUGCCCCUUGUGCACAGAGCAGGACUAUCAUGAGAUUGAAGGGGCCUGUAAAAAGGGGCAUCAGGAAACCUUAUAUGUAUGGAAUGAACCAAAGCUUUGUACAAAAGGGGUUUCCCUGCCUGAAAAAAAGACAAUCAUUUGUGAAACAGUGGAGUUCUGGCUAAAGGUUGGUGCAGGUGUUGGUGCUUUCACAGGUGUCCUGCUGAUUGCCUUAACCUGCUAUUUCUGGAAGAAAAAUAAAAAGUUGGAGUAUAAAUAUUCUAAACUGGUGAUGACAGCAAAUUCAAAAGAAUGUGAGCUUCCUGCUGCUGACAGCUGCGCGAUCAUGGAAGGGGAAGAUAACGAGGAAGAAAUAGUAUAUUCAAACAAACAGUCAUUACUAGGAAAACUCAAAUCAUUGGCAACCAAGGAAAAGGAAGACCGCUUUGAAUCUGUUCAGCUGAAAUCCUCAAGAUCUCAAAAUAUAUGAAGACUUUAACUCUGCCUUUGAACCAGCAAACCUGAUCUUGAUUUACGCAGGGGCACAUUUCUAACAUGUCCUGGUUUGUGUCUGAAGGGUGGUUUCCUGUGGGAACUCUUGCACAGUCCAACAUGAAGAAACUAGCAGGGAAGAACACGAGAGACUGUUGCCUUAUUGUGAGACUGAGUCACUUGCCAAAAAGGAAAGUCAAGCAGAUGAGCUCAUGAGCUGGGAAUGAAGGUCUGCUCAGGGACAGAGGAAACAUGGACAGUGGCAGCCCAAGAUGUUUGGGUGCCUGCUGCAGAAAAUCCAAAAUGGCACCUCCCAGAGUAGUAACAAUAUAUUAAGAAAGACAGAAGAUGGUUUGUGGCCCUUUAAUGUUCUCUGCCCCUGUGAGGUGGGUUGCUUCACCUUGUACUGCCUGAGAAAGAGGUCAUAUCCUGACAUGAAGUUUACAUGGCAUGGCACAUGCUUCAUUAUUUCUAUCCCCUUUUAGUCCCAAUCACUUUUGUCACUUAGCCGAAACAGAGACUGGCUUUUAGAAAGAAUAGAGAUGAUUCCUUAGUCACUACAGGCAUCUGCAGAGGUGUGGAGGUGGCAGGAUCCUGGCUUUCCCUUGAAAUCACACCACUAGUCACUACUUGAAAUAGAAGACCUGCAGACAGGCUUCUUUCUACUCCUCAGAAAGGAGAGUGCUUGUAAUGUAAAUCUGUAGUGUUUUGCCUAACAUUAAGAAUUCAACUUCUGCUCCUGCAGAAUCAACUUCUGGAGGUGAAAAGACAUCAUUAAAAUGGAAGCCCUCUGAAAGGCUAGUGGUACAAUCCUGUGUACGUUUACUCAGAUGUGGAGUUUUCUCCUGUGUAAGGAUGUUGUUUAGGAUUACAGCUUCACUUGAAGGUCACUUUGCUAGCUGAGGAGCAUGGCGAGACUUAAGACGUCUAGCUUGGAGGGCCGUCAGGUGGAUGUUACUCCCCAUGGCAAGCCCUUUGGGGAUGGAGCAAUUCUUCCCAUUCUAAAUGGUGCAAUGACAUGGUCAAGAUUGGUUCAAGCAUGUGGGCUGGAUGCAAGGGGCAGCUUUGAUCGAGUUUCAGGUCAAGCAGCAACCGUAUGGCUUUUGGCAUUUAAGAAAUGACCCUUAAUGUUCAGAAACUAAAAAGGAGAAGGGAUCCCGAAGAGGUCAGCCACUUUGCACACUGCACCGGGGCAAUGCAUGAGUGCUUCUGUAAGUCAUUCCUCCUGGAAAUACUUGAUCCAAAUUUGACAUGUUUGGGCCUCAAAAGAGACAUUGAUACGCUCUGGUGUUCCUGUGACUUCUCUGCCUCUUUUUGUUAGGUUUUCUUAGGUGUAAGACUUGACCCUUUUGAAAUGAAAAGUAAUGUCUGAAGUAGCCCUGGUCUAAUGACUGGGAAGCACUGCAGUCGGGUCCUAAUGCAUUCACCAAAACAGAACUUCUUACACUGGAGCUUGUAUUGCAAAUUCAAAGUCUGCGGACUAAUCUGAAGCAGGUGAAGGCAGCGUCAACCCCUGGAUUGUGUCCCCUUUCAAACCUCCCUCUGCCCCACCCCACUGACUUACAGGUGAAUUGCCCCAGAGGACUCCCCUGAUUACUUGAGCGUCAAGUGCGGAAUGCCCAGGGGCACCUUCAACAGGGUAGCGGGAGAUGGCCCAUCCGCAGAUACAGCAGCAGUAAUCUAUCAGUGGUGACCAUGGCUUCAUCAGCUGAAAAGAUUGUGACUUUGACCAGGGAAAUCAUUCUGAGUCACUGCAACUGUAUCCGUAGCUGAGUGACUCUUGCCAUGGCUCUGGAUGCAUUGAGUGGAGUCUAGUUUGACCACAUGAAAAUAUGUGGCUUCCUCAUUUGGUUUCCUCAUAUGAAACCUCAGUUUCCUAUAGCCCAGCAAGUUUUAUUGCUCUGCCUGUAGUUCACCAAGGGCCUUGGCCUGAGAUCUUUCCCAGCCCCAUCUCAGAUAAGGGGGAUUGACAAUGGAACCGUCUGUGUACAUUUCAUGUGCUCUGUGCACAGCUAUGGACCCUCCCUGCCCCACAUGAACCAGCUUGUGGAAAUUCUUUAUGGAGAUUAUUUACAUUUUUCUCUUAUCUGUAGUCCUCAAGUAGAGCUGCUCUUCCCUCUUCUUCAGGGAUUGAUUAAGAGGUAGAAAUAACUG